CAUUGAAAAUGGCUAGACCAACCAGAAGUCUUCUAUUUCUUGCUGCCAUCAUUUUAUUAUCAGUUGAAGCAGAAUCAAGGUACGAGAAAACGAUGAAAGAGAGUAAAGUGAUGGAUUUAACUGAAUUGAUGGACAUAAAAGAUACACAAACGGAUGUGUUUUGCUGCUAUGACAAUCAGGUACGAAGUUGCAAGCCCGGAACAUCGGACGAGAGUCAUUGUAAUUCCCUUUGCCUAAAACAUCCCUGUGGAAAAGGUGGUCGUUGCAAAGUCUUUGGUCAUAAACACCCAAGAGAAGUUUGCCAUUGUUUCUGCUAAAUGUAUG